AUGGUGAGGUUCUCCUCAGGUUCUCCUCAGGUUCUCCCCAGGUUCUCCCCAGGUUCGGAGCUUGGUCCUACAGGGGAGGGACAGGAGGUUUGGAGCGUGGUGACGGAGCAGAUCUGUGAAGGAGGAGGGGGCCAGCGAAGGAGCCGCCCCACAGACCCGCUCCACGCACAGUCUGAUCGCCGUGGUAACAGUCACACGUGCUUUUGUUUCAGGGAGCAGCCGAUCUUCAGCGCCCGGGCUCACGUGUUCCAGAUCGACCCCAGCACCAAGAGAAAAUGGCUGCCAGCGAGCAAACACGCCGUCACCGUGUCCUUCUUCUACGACAACAGCAGGAACGUGUACCGCAUCAUCAGCGUGGGCGGGACCAAGGCGAUCAUCAACAGCACCAUCACUCCAAACAUGAGCUUCACAAAGACGUCGCAGAAGUUUGGGCAGUGGGCCGACAGCCGAGCCAACACCGUGUACGGACUGGGCUUCUCCACCGAGCAGCAGCUGCAGCAGUUCGCAGAGCAGUUCCGAGAGCUGAAAGAAGCGGCUCGUUUGGCUCGAGAAAAGUCCCAGGAGAGAUAUGAACUGUCCAACCCCGCGCUCUGUCUCGCCGCCCCACAGGCUUUGUCCGAGGACCGUCAGUCUCCGCCCCUCCUCAAAGUGAACGGACCCGAGGAGAAACUGUUCAGGAGCAAGAGCGCCGAGGUGGAGCUGACCACAGAGAAGGAGAGGGUCAAGAAGAUGCCCUCAGAGGGGUCCAUGUGCGAGCUGAACCUGGAGGCGGAGCUCUUCACGCUGCAGGACAGUAACGCCAAACUGGUGGAGGCGCUGCACGAGGCCAACUCCAGUGUGGAGCAGUGGAAGAGACAACUGCAGGAGUACCAAGAGGAGACCGACCGCCUACGGCACCAGGUGUCAGAGUUGGAGACGCAGUUGGGACGUCCUCCUCAGUCUGGGGCAGAAGAUCUGAGCCGCUCCCUGGAGGAACUGGAGGCUCUGCUCAGCGCCAAGAACCAGGAGAUUCACAGUCUCCAGAGUAAAAAGAACGACGUGAGUGAACUGGAGAAAGAGAGAGAGGAGGCCAUGAGCAGACUACAGGAGGUGGAGCGGCAGAACUCUGAGCUGGAGACCCGGGUGGAGGAGGCGGAGCGGACCCUGAGCUCCAGCCGAGAAGAACAAGCCCAGAGCCACCGGGAGCUGAGGAGGAUCCUGUCCGUGCUCGACCUCAAACUGUGCGACCUGAGCCAGCUGAGGGAGAGCCUGGCCCAGCUCAUCGGCAAAUAACUACUACGAUACCACCAGUACUACCACUACUACCAACAGUACUACCACUACUACCAACAGUACUACCACUACUACCAACAGUACUACCACUACUACCAACAGUACUACCACUAUGACGACUACCACUACAUCUGCGUCCACUACCAGCACCAGUAUUUCUCCCGGAUUUAUAUUUUUAGAGUAAAUAUUUCCCUCUACUAAUCAAAAAAGGACUGAUUUAAAGACGAAGUAAAGUUCAGACUCUACGUUUAUGAUAAUACUGCAAAAAGUAUCAUUUUUAAUACAAAUUUACUUAAUACUUUAAGACUACGGGGGUAAAAAAUAGCCAUAGUCUCUGCUAUUUAUGGGAAAUAAUUAGUACUACUACUGCUACUAUUACUCCUACUUCUACUACCACUGCUGCUGCACGGGGGCGUCUGAGCAGGUCGUCAGGCGUGUUGACCUUUGACCCGGUUUAUGGUUAAUGUCUCUGUAAUCGCUCGUGAAACAAAAACGUAGCGUCGUCUCUGUCGGUUUAAACGUAGGUGAAAUUAUUUUUCUUCGUAAUAUCUCGAGAAAGCGGAGCCAUUUUCCAGCCCCAAAGACGUGAGGUUUUCGUCAGCGGAAAGUCGUAAGUUUAAUAACGACGAGUUUGUGGAGCGAAAAACCCAAACUAAUAAUGAGAAGUUCAACGUUUGUGGAGCAGAAGUUUGGAGAUUUCUUUCAAAACGUGAAUAUAUAGUUAUAUCGACUUAUAUCGGCCCCUUUUUUUUAACUAUUGGCCAUUUAAUCUAAGAAAAGAUAAGAUAAAAUAAGUCUUUAUUAGUCCCACAGUACCAAAGUUAAACUGAAAUGUUCUAGUCUUUUUGUCCAGCCUCUUCAAAUCUGACUUUACUCAUUUGAACAAACAGCCACAGCUCCCUCUAGUGUCCACUUCUGUGCACAGCAGUUGUUCUUUUAUUAUGUGAAAUUGUGUCGUGUAGCAGUGGUUUCCGAGCACCGUGACUGGACUUAACGACGGACUUUUGACCUCCGAUGAACUUUACAAAAUAAAGAGGAAUUGGGGUUGUUUCCAUAGCGAUUGACAACAAAAUAUACCACUUUUUCAAUGGUAAAAAGUCCUCAAAAUGGCACCGAUACCAAGAACCUGUGAGUAGCAGUGGAUUCUGGACUUAAGGACUGGACUUUUCGAUCUACUAUGAACUGGUUUACAGAAUUAUAAGAAAUUAGGGCUGUUUCCAUGGCGACUGAUAAUUCAAAGCAAAAUGUAUCAUGUUUUGAAUGAUAAAAAGUCCUUAAAAUGGCGCCUAAAACAGAAACCUGUGGAGUAGCAGUGGAUUUCGAGGACGGUAACUGGACUUAAGGACUGGACUUUUCGAUCUACUAUGAACUGGUUUACAGAAUUAUGAAAAAUUGGGGUUGUUUUCAUAUCGAUUGACAACAAAAUAUACUACUUUUUAAAUGGUAAAAAGUCCUCAAAAUGGCGCCUAUAACAGGAACCUGUGAGAAGCAGUGGAUUUCGAGGACCGUAACUGGACUUUAGGACUGGACUUUUCGAUCUUCGAUGAACUGGUUUACAGAAUUAUGGGGAAUUGAGGUUUGUUUCCAGAGCAAUUGACAGCAAAAGUCCUCAAAAUGGCGCCUAUAAAAAGAAGCUUUAACAGUGGAUUCUGCGGACUGGAACUGGACUUCAGGACUGGACUUUUUUGAUUUUCGAUGAACUGGUUUACAAGGUGAAGAGAAAAUGGGAUUAUUUCCGUAGAGACAGCUCAAAACGACAUCUCUUUAUUUUUUACGAUCGGUCAGAAGUCCUCAAAAUGGCGUCUGUAACAGGAAGUCGAAACCGAUGUGUAGCUGUGGAUUCCGAGGACUGCAACUGGACUUAAGGACCGGACUGGAUCAAUGGACCGGCUUCGAACCAGCAACUACCGCAUCAGCAAAAACCAGAGGCCGGACGUGACUGGUUCUGCGUCUGUUCUUUUCUUCUCUUAAUAUCGUUCGUUUAAUAAUGUCCAGGGAAUACUCAAGCCAGGACAUGAACCAGCCACAGCCAGCAGGGGGCGCUACGCCGGCCUCUCUGACAGCCCUUUAGACGCAUCGAGUAAACGUGUGUCAUUUUGUGAAAUCUAAGACGAUAAAUGUCUGACAGUGUCUCAAGACGUUGGUUCAGAAGUUUUACAUUUGGUUUUUGAAGUUAAAGGUGCAUUACGUAACUUUUCUGGUGGUUUGUCUCUAUGGAGUUAUUACUGCUCCGUGGAAACAAGCAGGCGACGCUACCCAGCCAAGUUACGGGUCAGAUCUGUGCAGAGGCGACACGGCGGAACGAAUACAGGUUUUUCGAGGUAUUUUUGAGCAAUAAGACACAUCUGUAGUGAUCCAAAUGCAAGAGAGAUGUAUUUAAUGCCAUACUUUGGAGCUUUCCAGGCAAAGCAAUAACAUCUCCAUGGGGUUAGGUGUGAUGUCACUUCCGGAUUCAUCAGCUGACACAGAUUUUUUUAGCGAUGUUUAAAGCUAACAAGGUCAUAAGCCUGGAUUUAUGGUUGGAACUGUGACGGAAAGUGUACGAGGGAGGAUGAGGUAAGAAGCUAGGCUAGGCUAGGCUAGGCUAACGCUAGCGGUGACACUGGUAAUCCUGUUCUGAUUAUUUUGUACUUACUUGAUACAGUUUGCGGUUAAACGUACGAUUUUGAAACAUAAACUCAAAGCCAGAAAUCAGUCGUGAAGUUUCUGGUUGAACGUCACUGAACUGCCCCAUAGAGACGAGCGGGUGGUGCACCCUCCGCCAGAAAAGUUCCAUAAUGUCCCUUUAGAUCGGUGUAACACUUUCUGGGAGUUGAACUUGAGACCCUGUGGCAGUGAGGGUCCAGCCCGACCUGAACCUGCCUCUUGAAGCUGCUGCUCCUUCAGA